UAACAACUUUGGAAAUUUCCUGUGUAUCUACUUGUUAAAUUAUACUUUGAAAGAUUAAAAAAAAAAACCAUCCUUAAUCAUUUUGCAAGACCCAAGACUCGCUCUAACUUGAAUCUGUUUUAGAUCUCUGUGUUUUAUAUUUAUAUUUAAAAUCCCCUUAAAGUAGGAUCCCCUAUGGUUGUGAAGACAAGGUAUGUGUUGCCAAAACCAACCAGCUGACAAGCAAGGGUGUUUUUAUUUUAUUUUGGUAAAGAAAUGCAGUUUUGGUUUUUACCAGAUACAUACAGUAUUGAUAGCAAGUCCCAUGUGACUUUUGGCUGUCACAGAGUUAACAUUUGGGAUGUCAACCAUUUGAGGGUGCUCCUCUGUGCUGAGGAUUUAAAAGCAGGCCCUGGUAGCAGAGCUUUGUGGUGAAACAAGUGGGAUCUGGAAUCUGACUGCAUGGGUUCAAAUCCCAGUUCUAACAUCCAGCUGUGUGACCUAGAAUGAGUUGCUUAACCUCUCUGUGCUUCAGUUUCACCAUCUGCAAUUCUGGGGUAAUAUUAGUACCUACCUGUUAGUGUUGUUGGGAUCAAAGGAGUUGGUAUGUGUCCAGUGCUGAGAAUAGUAGGGUUUGUGCUCAGUAAAGUCAGUUAUUGUCAUGAAGUGGAGUAAUUAGUAAUUUUGCUGGGAAAGUCUGAUUCUUGUGUACAGUGAGGCAGUGUCCCCCACCCUCCCCCCCAGGUCCUAACCAAGUAGCAUUAGUGGCUGCCCAGUAUUGCAUACAUAGUGACUUUCAGGUCGUGAUUGAAAAGAAGAAGAAAUUUCCUUUGAGGAGAUAAUAACUACUUGCAAAGGCCAACAACAAUUGCUGAUAAUGAGGGUGAGAAGCAGCAGAGAGGAUCUGUGUGUUGCCUGUGUUUCAUGGUGAAAACAGUGGCAUUUGGGUUCUCCCAGGCUCAGGGUCAGGUCCUUGACCAUGUCAAGGGCUGUUGUGCAAACCUGGCACACACGCCCGAGCCAUGGCAUGCACUAAGAGCAUGAGGACCUCAGGUUUGCCAGAGAAGGCUUCAGAAAGGAGGUCACCACUAAAGAAAUGCAAUUAAGACCACCUACUAUAAACAUAUAUAAAGCGACAUAUACUGGUCUAUGGGGAAGGAAGGUGUGCUGUGGGAGAAGCUGCAUGAGCAGAGCAGGAGCAGGCCAGGCCUGGCUUUAUAGGCUGGCAGGCUGACGGGGGAAGUCUUCAGUAGAGGAUGGGGCAUUGGGGCCACAUCCAGUGGCCAACCAGAGCAUCGUGAGCUUGCUAGCCUCUGGUGCCAGUUAGAAAAAGGUGCCUCCUCUGAGGACAUCAGUGAGAAGUCACCCCUUUUUGGAAAAAUUUAAAAGAUAACCUUUCUCUGGCACGUAACUGGCCAGCAGAGCUUGGGCUGGACUUCAGCACUCACUUGUGCCGUCUGGGCCAGGUGCUCUUGUGCAGUGAACAAACCACAGGGUUGUACCUGAUGGUCCUGGAAGCCACUGUAGGCUCUUUAUCAAGGCAGGGCUGAGAGGAAAGAAGAACUGGUAGGUCUGGGAAGUAUCUGCCCACAGGGGGCCCACAGUCUUCACCCCCACUUACAUUUGGUCCCCCCAGAGAUGAAGGCUAGGAUGCCUCUUGCCCAUGGCUGCCCUGUGGCUGCCCGGUGGCUGUGACUCCUCACUGUCUGUGUUUUCCUCUCUGGCGGGACGCGGGGCGGCCCCUAGGUGUCCAGCCACAUACAGGUUCUAGCUCGGAAGAAGGUGCGGGAGUACCAGGUUGGCAUCAAGGCCAUGAACCUGGACCAAGUCUCCAAAGACAAAGCCCUCCAGAGCAUGGCAUCCAUGUCUUCUGCCCAGAUCGUCUCCGCCAGUGUCCUGCAGAACAAGUUCAGCCCACCCUCCCCUCUGCCCCAGGCCGUCUUCUCCACUUCCUCACGGUUCUGGAGCAGCCCCCCACUCCUGGGACAGCAGCCUGGACCCUCUCAGGACAUCAAGCCCUUUGCACAGCCAGCCUACCCCAUCCAGCCACCCUUGCCGCCAACCCUCAGCAGUUAUGAACCCCUGGCUCCGCCCCCACCAGCUGCUGCCCCUGUGCCUGGAUGGCAGGACCGCACCAUCGCCUCCUCCCGGCUGCGGCUCCUCGAGUACUCUGCCUUCAUGGAGGUGCAGCGAGACCCCGACACGUACAGCAAACACCUGUUUGUGCACAUUGGUCAGACGAACCCCGCCUUCUCAGACCCGCCCCUGGAGGCGGUCGACGUGCGCCAGAUCUACGACAAGUUCCCCGAGAAGAAGGGGGGCCUGAAGGAGCUUUAUGAGAAGGGGCCCCCUAAUGCCUUCUUCCUCGUCAAGUUCUGGGCUGACCUCAACAGCACCAUCCAAGAAGGCCCAGGAACCUUCUAUGGGGUCAGCUCCCAGUAUAGCUCAGCUGAUAGCAUGACCAUCAGCGUGUCCACCAAGGUGUGCUCCUUUGGAAAACAGGUGGUGGAGAAGGUGGAGACAGAGUAUGCCAGGCUGGAGAAUGGGCGCUUUGUGUACCGUAUCCACCGCUCACCCAUGUGCGAGUACAUGAUCAACUUCAUCCACAAGCUGAAACAUCUGCCCGAGAAGUACAUGAUGAACAGCGUCCUGGAGAACUUCACCAUCUUGCAGGUGGUAACGAGCCGGGACUCCCAGGAGACCCUGCUCGUCAUUGCUUUUGUCUUCGAAGUGUCUACCAGUGAGCAUGGGGCCCAGCACCACGUCUACAAGCUUGUCAAAGACUAGGGUGCCCCCUGCCCCACCCCUGCCAGGAUCCAGGACCAGCAUUUCCACACACCUGCCUAGCACCCCCAGGGUGUCCAGGAUUGAGGACGCAUCUGCCCUCCAGGCCUCAGGCCCAGGACCCAGGAGGCCUCCCCACCCACUCCCACCACACACACUCCCUGCCACUGUUCUGCGCUUUACUUGUGGGAGAAGAGAGGAGAGCUCAGCAGGAGGCAGCCUGCCCAGGACACUGAGCCACGAUCACCCAGCGCUGCCCAGUCUCCAGUGACCUCAGAGGCGGGGAUGGAAGGAUACCUUCAGGCUCAGGCAUGUGGCCACUGGCCCCUCAGGGGAGUGUAAUGGGCAGGUGAGGGUGGAAUGGAGGCAGAGGGAGUCAGAGUGAACAGACCCAGCAAAGAGAGAGUUAGGCUGGGGCUGGGUUGAGGAGAGAGGGGCCUAUACUUAUUUUGCACCUGCUGCAUGCCAGGCAUGGUGUCAGGCCCCUGGCAGAGCAUGUGCCAUCCUCAGACCCUGCAAGGCGAGCGUGGGUCUCUGUGCUUCAGGUGAGAUGCUGAGACUCAGAGAAGUUGAGGGACCCACAGGAGGAGUGGGCAGAGCUGAGUUCUUAUCCAGGACCACCUGUCCCCAGAGCCCAGGUUUACCUACCUCCCUGGAACAGGGGCUGCCCACAGGGGCUCGG